AUGAUCAUCUUCUGUGCAAGUGGCUACUGUGGCAUGUUGCCAAAAACAGGGUCUAUUGUAGCUGGUAUCUACAUGAUUCUAAUGACCAAUAUGUAUAUUAUCUUCGAGACGGCUCACCUAGAUCGUGCGAAGGAGUGCCUGCAAAGUGAUGAUGACCUAAUCAUAUAUUACUAUUACGCAGCACUUCUCCUGGCUGGUUUAAGUUAUCCUAUAUGUUUUCUUCUCAUCUAUUCUGUUUGGAAUCGAAACACAAAAGGCAUGAUAGCCUACAUUGUUUGGAUAAUAUUCUAUGACCUAGCCAACUUCACUAUUUUAAUUCUGAUUUUCACAACUGCAUAUAAUACCCCCCUUUCUGUACAUCCUUUGGAAUGGUUUGGGCUGGUCUGCCGGUUGCUUGUAGACUGUUUUUGGCUUUCCUAUAUUGUAAUUUAUACACUGAUGAUUCUUGAAAGCAGAAGCAAAGGGCGAAUGUCACUGAAGAUAAGGCGUUUGUCUAAGCAUGUGCCAGAACCUCCCAAGUAUAGGUUGGGGAUGAGCAGGAAAAUCCAGUGA